GGGGAUGUGGCGGGUGGAGGCCAAGGGGGUGGGCAGCGCCAUUGGGACCCCUCUGGGGAGCCCUGUCAGCGCUCGGAGACCUCCUAGGCCGCGCUGCGGACCCUGUGGGCGCCUUGAGGAUCCCCCGGGCCGCACUGCGGAAUCUUUGCAACCCCUUAAAGUCCCUUAGGCCGCUCUGGGGCCCCUUGGGCACCUCUCGCACCACCCUGAGGACGUUGGGGUACAUUCAGACCCUCAUAGGCCGCCUUGGAGCUUUGGGGGCCCUUGAGAAAACCCCAGGGACCCACUGACCAGCACCUUCCCCCUACAGGCCAUGAACGCCCACCCAGCUGACACUGCGCGGCCCGAGGAGCCUCUCGUGCCCCCUGAGCCCCUUCCCACGCGUGUCAGGGGGAUCAGUGCGGAGCAGCGGAGUGCCCAGGAGGAGUGGGAGGCAGUGGAGGAUAUCCAGUCAGUGCUGCUGGGGAGAUCAGCUGGUUCCGUGCCUCUCAUAUCCUUCAAUGAAGCGCUGCAGUUCUUCCAGACCGCAGACCUGUCUGAGUGCAGGAAGAAGAUCCAAGUGACAGUGCGCAGGCAGGGCCUGGCUGCUCUGCUUCACUUCCUCUUUGGGCCCCCCCGGCUCCAGCAGCAGCUGCAGGGAGAGCGGGACCUGGCUCUCGCCAUCGCUCAGUGUGGCUUGGAUGAUAACCAAGCAGUGCACAUGAGAAUCCUGCAGACCAUCUACAAGAAGCUGACCUGCUCCCGGCUGGGAUGCCCGCGCUACGGCACGCACUGGGAGGAGCUUGGCUUUCAAGAUCCAGGGACUGACCUGCGAGGGACGGGGAUGCUGGGCUUGAUGCAAAUGCUGUACUUCGUGAUGGACUCUCAGACACUGCCUCUAGCUCUAGAGAUUUUCAAGCUCUCCCAGCACGAGACACAGAAUUUCCCCUUCUGCAUCAUGUCCGUGAACAUCACCCGCCUCGUGCUGCAGGCCCUGAGGGAGGAGUGUCUCUCCAGAGAGUGCAACCGCAGGCAGCAAGUCAUCGCCGUGCUGAACGACUUGUAUGCAGCGGCAUUCCUGCAGCUCUACCGAGUCUGGAAGUCACAGCACAAGACCAUUGCUGACUCUGGCUUCCUACUGAAGGAGCUGGAGUUCUCCACCAAAAAGAAACCAAAGCAGCUCCUGAAAUCCCUGGAGACCUAUGUGAGCAGAAGCACAGUGUCCGCAGCAGACAGCAUCCAGCAGCCAUCCCCUCUGUCCGUCAGCAGCAGCCAGGCUAGUGAAGAGAUAAACUUCACGGGUAUUUGUGACCUGCAGGUUGAGCUGGAGGGAGAGGUACGACUGAUCUGAAAUCAGCUGUGAGGGGCUCAGUGCUGUGUGGGUUUGCAGUACUUAGUUCUGGGAGGAGAGUCAGGGACCCGGGCAGUCAGCGGAGUGCUGCAGAGCGUGCAUUUUGCAGCAGGGUAGCUGUGUCCAUCUCUGCCUCCCCCAGCAUCCCGGCCACAGUUUGCUGGUGUUGCUCAGAACUAUAGGCGCGAACUGCAUCCUUUGACCCUUUCCAGGUAGAGGUAGUCAAGCUGGUGGGUCACUUGGUGUUCAAGGGAGGGUUUUCCAGCCUAGAUGGGUCUGUGACUUGAAAUAUGGCAACACAGGAGGGAAAAAGAACAGUUAGCCGCCAGUUUGGUGCUGGGCUCCACGCCUGCCCUGCUGGCUCCGAUGUGCGGAGCUGCCCAUCCCGCCCCGGGCCAAGCAGACUGGAAAUGCAGGUGGGAAACUUCAGGUGGGAACUCUCCGUGCUGCGGGGCUCAGUGCCCCUGAGCACGUGGAGGGCUGUGAAGCCCGGAGCUUUGUGUUAGUGCCCCUUAUCGCCCAUCCCUGCUGCUCACGGCGCCAGCACAGCCCCGCGGCUGAGGUUAGGGUGGGCGGCAGCUCCUCCCCUUCUUGGGCCUCCCCCAAGGAGUGGCUGUGCAUGAAUGUACCAAAAUAAGCUCUUAAAAGGGAAAAAACA